AUGUGCACUCUUUUUGGGUGUUCCAAAGCCCUGUUUCUAUUGAUGUUUUUUAGGUUAAUGAAAAUGUCCACAGCUGAAGGAAAAGGUGAAAUUCUUCCUCCAACUAUACAGAAAAUAAUGAAGGGAUACAACAAGUACCUACGUCCAUUUUUUGAUAACGGUCCUGUCUCAGUAGGAAUGAGUAUGGAGAUAGCAAGCAUUGAUACAAUAUCAGAAAUAAACAUGGAUUACACAGCUACCAUAUUUCUUAGACAACGAUGGACUGAUGAACGACUUUGUUUUGAGGGUAAUACGAGUUUAAGUUUAGAUGGUCGUCUUGUAGAAAUGCCUUGGGUACCAGACACCUUCAUAGUAGACUCAAAGAAAUCUUUUCUUCAUGAUAUCACUGUUGAAAAUCGUCUAAUAAGAAUAUAUCCCAAUGGAACAGUCCUUUAUGCCAUACGGAUAACUGCAACUGUUGCAUGUAGUAUGGAUUUGACCAAAUACCCUAUGGACAAGCAGACAUGUACCUUGCAACUGGAAAGCUGGGGCUAUAAUAUCAAUGAUGUCCAGUUUUACUGGACCAGAGGAAAUGAUUCAGUUCGAGGCUUGGAGACACUCCGGUUGGCACAAUAUACAGUAGAAGAUCAUUUUACUUCAGUAUCUGAAGCAGUCUAUGAAACAGGACGCUAUCCAAAGUUAGUAUUCCAUUUUGAGCUCAAGAGGAACAUCUUGUAUUUCAUACUAGAGACAUAUGUACCAUCCAUCUUGCUAGUUGUACUCUCCUGGGUAUCAUUCUGGAUAAGCCAAUCAUCAGUUCCAGCCAGAAUCUGCAUAGGUGUCACAACAGUCCUUACCAUGACAACUCUCAUGAUGGGAGCCAGGACUUCACUUCCUAAUGCUAAUUGCUUCAUAAAGGCAAUUGAUGUAUACCUUGGUAUUUGUUUUAGUUUCAUCUUUGGGGCUUUGUUGGAGUAUGCUGUGGCUCAUUUCUGCACUCUUCAUCGUUCCAAUCUGAGGGUAUUCACAAAGGAUGAGGAAGAAGAGGUUGAAGAAGAGAUUAAUGGAGUACUGGCAACAAUUGCAAACAGUUGUAAUGUCUCUGACAAGAUUAACAAGGUUGAUUCAGAGAAAAACAUCAAUACUAGCAGUAACAGAAAAGACGAGAAAAGUAAACACAGUGGGUGUAGUUCACCAAUGACAGUGAUGAAAAGACUCUUCUGUAUCUCUGACUGUUUCUAUGUUAAAAACCUAUACCACAUAGACAACUAUGCCAGACUCUCUUUCCCAUUAUCAUUUAUCAUAAUAAAUGUAUUUUACUGGGUGUAUUAUUUGUAUUUCUAA